CUUCACGUGGAUAGAUCCGGUCAGACCUGACAGUCUAAUGUCUGCUAAAGCUAUCUACGAGGCGACGGCGAAAACGCUGCUCAAUGCACAUCUUCCUAAGCAUCUGAGUGAAACGCAAAGGCAAAAUGUGAAGUCAAAUCGGUUCGUGAGAGUGACAGAAGACAGCAAUUUGGAAGAACUCACUUCUUGUAAUCACUGGUUGCUAACAGAGCAACUUGUUGCAAAGCCUGACCAGCUAAUUAAACGUCGUGGCAAGUUAGGAUUACUUGAAACUAAUGUCAACUUGGAUGGCAUACGAGACUGGCUUUCCAAGACCAUGGGGAAACAAGUGAAAGUUGGUAAAGCCAAAGGAAGUUUAGAGAACUUCAUUGUUGAGCCAUUUGUACCACACAAGCAGUCGGAUGAGUUCUACGUUUGUAUUUAUUCUACUCGCCAUGGAGACACUAUCUUAUUUCAUCACCAGGGUGGUAUUGAAAUUGGCAACGUUGAGGAAAAAGCGUUGUCGUAUGAUGUGUGUGUAGGUCAAGAGAUUGAUAUUUCUGUGAUGGAAUCUUCUCUUCUGGUUAAUGUUCUUGAUGGGAAGAGGAGUUUACUGGCUGGUUUUAUUGCUGCUCUGCACAAAGUAUAUGCUGAGUUGUUUUUCACUUACUUGGAGAUUAAUCCAUUAGUUGUUGUGGAUACAUCAGUCUACAUUCUUGACGUUGCUGCAAAGUUGGAUGCAACUGCAGACUACCUUUGUAAGCAGCUAUGGGGCGAGAUCAACUUUCCACCACCAUUUGGAAGGAAGGCAUAUCCUGAAGAGGCAUACAUUGCUGAUCUUGAUGCCAAAAGUGGCGCUUCUCUCAAGCUCACUAUUCUCAACAAAGAUGGUGCUAUCUGGACUAUGGUGGCUGGUGGCGGUGCAUCUGUAGUAUAUAGUGAUACUAUCUGUGAUAUGGGGGAAGGCAGAGAGUUGGCCAACUAUGGAGAAUACUCUGGGGCUCCAAGUGAAUCGCAGACAUUUGAGUAUGCGAAAACAAUUCUAGGAUUGAUGACCAAGGAAGGACAUCCGAAAGGAAAAGUCCUUAUUAUUGGUGGUGGUAUAGCUAACUUUACCAACGUGGCUGCAACAUUCAAGGGUAUUGUGAGAGCGCUGCAGGAAUUUCAGCACAAACUAGUUGAGCAAAAAGUCUCAAUCUAUGUGAGAAGAGGUGGACCUAACUACCAGGAAGGGCUUCGAGUAAUGAGAGAAGUUGGUGGUACAUUGGGUGUGCCGGUUCAUGUGUAUGGACCUGAGACUCACAUGACUGCCAUAGUUGGCAUGGCGUUGGAGAAGGCACCAGUUACAGCAGAAUCAGUAACAUCAUCAUCAUCAUCUCGCAGUCUUUUUCAUAAACAUCCAUUUUCUUUGUCAUCAUCUUCAUUGUCGGAUCAAGACCCUAACCCUCAACCAGUUAGUGAGCGGUCAAAUUCAAUGAGUCGGAAGCCAGUGAAUCUUCCUCCGCCUAUAGAAGGGCAAGCAGUAGUUUCAGUAGCUAAACAACCUGAACUAGAACAUGGGAGGAAGCCUUUGUUUACUCGUGAAACAAGAGCAAUCUUAUGGGGAAUGCAACCGAAAGCAGUGCAGGGAAUGCUGGAUUUUGACCAUGUAUGCAGACGUGAUAUUCCUUCAGUUGUGGCAAUGAUCUACCCUUUUAGUGGAAAUCACAAACAGAAAUUUUAUUGGGGACAAAAGGAGAUAAUGAUUCCAGUUUACAAGGAAAUGUCUGAAGCAAUGAAAAGACAUCCGGAAGUUGAUGUGUUGAUCAACUUUGCAUCACUACGUUCUGCUUAUGAAAGUACAAUGGAAACAAUGACUUAUUCUCAGAUUCGCACUAUUGCAAUAAUUGCUGAAGGUAUCCCUGAAAAUCUGACCAAAGUGUUAAUCAAAACAGCUAACGAGAAAGGAGUAUCUAUUAUAGGACCAGCAACAGUAGGUGGAGUGAAAGCAGGUUGUUUUAAGAUCGGUAACUCUGCGGGGAUGUUGGACAACGUUAUAGCAGCUAAGCUGUUUCGCCCUGGAAGUGUUGCAUAUGUAUCACGGUCUGGUGGUAUGUCCAACGAAUUGAACAACAUCAUUGCUCGAUCAGCGGAUGGAAUCUAUGAGGGUAUAGCCAUUGGUGGCGACAAGUAUCCAGGGACAACAUUUAUUAAUCAUGUGUUGCGGUAUCAAAGCAAUCCGAAUGUGAAAAUGAUUGUUCUAUUGGGAGAGGUCGGUGGUACUGAAGAGUAUAAGAUAUGCGAAGCAUUGCAGGAUGGUCGUAUCACUAAGCCUGUAAUAGGCUGGUGCAUGGGAACAUGUGCAAAGAUGUUUACAUCAGAGGUUCAGUUUGGCCAUGCCGGUGCAUGUGCCAAUGCAGAACAGGAAACGGCUGAGGCGAAGAACAAAGCAAUGGCAGCCGCAGGCGCUCGUGUUCCAUGUUCAUUUGAUGAUCUUCCAUCAACAAUAAAAGAAGUUUAUGACCACCUGCUGGAGUCUGGUGUCAUUGUACCGCAACCUGAGGUGGAACCUCCAACUGUCCCUAUGGACUACAGUUGGGCACAGGAGCUUGGUUUGAUACGAAAAGCGUCUUCAUUCAUGAGCAGUAUUUGUGACGAACGUGGCGAGGAGUUGCUGUAUGCUGGCAUGCCCAUCACCAGUGUUUUCAAGGAUGAUAUUGGCAUCGGUGGAGUGAUCAGCCUCUUGUGGUUCCAGCGAAGAUUGCCUCCAUAUGCUUGUAAAUUUAUUGAAAUGUGUUUGAUGGUAUCUGCUGACCAUGGACCAGCUGUAUCAGGAGCACACAACACGAUUGUUACCACAAGAGCUGGUAAAGACUUGGUAUCAUCUUUGACGUCAGGUCUACUCACUAUUGGUGAUCGAUUUGGUGGAGCUCUGGAUGCUGCUGCUCAACAGUUCUCUGAGGCGUAUGAUUCUGGUAUGCCCCCAAUGGAGUUUGUAAACUCGAUGAGACGGCAGCACAAGCUGAUUAUGGGUAUUGGGCACAGAGUCAAGUCACUUAACAACCCUGACAUGAGAGUAACGUUGAUGAAGGAAUUUGCUAUACAAAACUUUUCGUCACACCCACUGCUUGAUUAUGCUCUUGAAGUGGAGAAAAUUACGACCAGCAAGAAACCAAAUUUGAUUUUGAAUGUUGAUGGAUGCAUUGCUGUGGCAUUUGUUGACUUGCUGAGGACUUGUGGUGCAUUUAGCAAUGAGGAGGCUCGUGAGUAUAUUGAGACCGGAUGUCUCAAUGGUCUGUUUGUGUUAGGAAGAACUAUUGGUUUUAUAGGACACUACUUGGAUCAAAAGCGACUGAAGCAAGGUCUAUAUCGCCAUCCAUGGGAUGACAUAUCGUAUGUGUUGCCACAAGACCUGUAGUGACACAAAUCGAUAAACUGUUUGCCCUGAAUGCAGCUUCCAUAUUCUGACAAGCUAUGAAUGCUGUCUUUUAUUGUGUAUUCUGUCUCUGUUUUUCCACGUACUGUUGCAGUGUAUGUCACAAGUUGAGUAUCUUUGAGGAGCGAAUAAUAGGAGAUAGGAACAAUCAUCUUGUAGUGUUUUCUGAUUGAUUGUAAGAUGUAUUUGUAAAGUUA